AUGGGGCGGCGCGGCGCCGCGAGGGGGGGACUCCAGGCCAAUGGCGGCGCGGCGGGGGCCGCCCGGCAGCCAAUGGGCGGGCGCGCGGGGGGCGGCGCGGCUACAUGUUGCGGUGUCGCCAACGUGGGUCCGCGGCGAGCGGCUCGGGCCGGGCGGCAGCGGCGGCGGCAGCGACCCCGCGGGAGCGCACCGGGACCGGCCGGCGCCCGCCGAGCCUGAGGCGUGCGGCGCGGAGCGGCAGGAGGAGGAGCAGCGACAGCAGCAGGCGGCGCUUCCCGCGGCGGGGACGCGGAUUUGACCCGCCCGGCAGUGCCCGGUGGAUGCCGGUGCCGUAGCGCCCCGCGGGGCCGGCGGCCGAGGCGAUGCUGCGGGCGGCGGAGCGGCGCUGAGCGCUCCCGCCGCCUCCUCCUCUCGCCGCGGACGUUGCCCGGUGCCGGAUACAAAAUGGCGCUGCCGUCACGGGCGGCGGCGGCGCUGCUGCUGCUGGGGCUGCUGCGCUCGGCCGCCGGCGGCUGCCCCGCGGGCUGCGCCUGCGGCGGGGACACGCUGAGCUGCGGCGGGCUGGCGCUGCCCGCCCUGCCCCGGGACCUGCCCCGCUGGCCGCGGCACGUAAACCUGAGCUACAACAAGUUGGCAGAGAUUGAUCCUUCUGUCUUUGCAGAGCUGUCGAACCUGCAGGAAGUGAGGCUGGACCACAACGAGCUGAGUGCCAUUCCCUCGCUGGGCUCUGCUGCUUCCAGCGUCCGCUCCCUGUACCUGCAUCACAACAGGAUCCGCAGCAUCGAGGGCAGAGAGCUGCAGCCCUACGUUGCCCUGGAAACGCUGGACCUGAGCUUCAAUGACAUCACGGAAAUCCGAAACGGCUGCUUCCCACAGGGACUGCUCAUCAAGGAGCUCUACCUGGGGAGCAACAGAAUCAGCACCCUGGAGCCCGGUGCCUUUGAUAGCCUGUCCCGGACCCUGCUGACACUCAGGCUGAGUAAGAACAGGAUCACCCAGCUUCCUGUCAAGGCCUUCAGGCUGCCCAGGCUAAUUCAGCUGGAGCUGAACCGCAAUCGCGUCCGCCUGAUUGAAGGUCUGACGUUCCAGGGGCUGGACAGCCUGGAAGUGCUGAAACUGCAGCGCAACAACAUCAGCAAACUCACUGAUGGGGCUUUCUGGGGCCUGGCCAAAAUGCAAGUUCUACACCUGGAAUACAACAGCCUGACAGAAGUGAACAGUGGCUCUCUCUAUGGCCUUUCCUCUCUGCACCAGCUCCACCUCAGCAACAACUCCAUAUCCCGCAUCAACCCCGAUGGCUGGAGCUUCUGCCAGAAGCUGCAUGAGCUGAUUCUCUCCUACAACAACCUGACCAGGCUGGAUGAGGGAAGCCUGGCAGACCUGGGGGGGCUGCACGUGCUGAGGCUGAGCCACAAUUCCAUCAACCACAUUGCAGAAGGAGCUUUCAGGGGACUCAAAAACCUCCGUGUCCUGGAACUGGACCACAACGACAUCUCAGGCACAAUAGAAGAUACCAAUGGAGCCUUCACAGGCCUGGAAAACCUGAGCAAGCUAACUCUGUUUGGAAACAAGAUCAAGUCGGUGGCCAAGAAAGCGUUCUCAGGGUUGGAGGCUCUGGAGCACCUGAACCUGGGGGACAACGCCAUCCGCUCCAUCCAAGCCGAUGCCUUUGCCAGGAUGAGGAGCCUGAAGCAGCUGCACAUUAACAGUGACAGCUUCCUCUGUGACUGCCAGCUCAAGUGGCUGCCCCAAUGGCUGGUGGAGAAGGAGCUGCAGUCCUUCGUGGUGGCCACCUGUGCCCAUCCUGAGUCACUGAAGAGCAAAAGCAUUUUUGCCAUCCAGCCAGAGAGUUUUGUGUGUGACGAUUUCCCCAAGCCCCAGAUCAUCAUCCAGCCCGAGACGACGGUGGCUGUGCUGGGCAAGGACAUCCGCUUCACCUGCCUGGCAGCCAGCAGCAGCAGCUCCCCCAUGGUGUUUGCCUGGAAGAAGGACAACGAGAUGCUGCACAACGCCGAGAUCGAGAACUUCGCGCACGUGCGCGCCAAGGACGGGGAGGUGAUGGAGUGCACCACCAUCCUGCACCUGCGGCACGUCACCUUCGCGCACGAGGGCCGCUACCAGUGCGUCAUCACCAACCACUUCGGCUCCACCUACUCCAACAAGGCCAGGCUCACCGUCAAUGUUCUGCCAUCAUUUAUCAAGACCCCCCACGACAUCACGAGCCGGACGGGCACGACGGCGCGGCUGGAGUGCGCGGCCGAGGGCCACCCCGCGCCGCAGAUCGCCUGGCAGAAGGACGGCGGCACCGACUUCCCCGCGGCCCGCGAGCGCCGCAUGCACGUCAUGCCCGACGACGACGUCUUCUUCAUCACCGACGUCAAGGUGGAGGACAUGGGCGUCUACAGCUGCACGGCUCAGAACUCGGCGGGCUCCGUGCUGGCCAACGCCACCCUCACCGUGCUGGAGACACCAUCCCUGCUCCAUCCCCUGGAAGACCACGUGGUGUCCGUCGGCGAGACCGUGGCUCUCCAGUGCAAAGCCACGGGCAGCCCCCCGCCCCGCAUCACCUGGCUGAAAGGUGACCAGCCCCUGGUGGUGACAGAAAGGCACCACUUCACCUCGGGCAACCAGCUGCUGAUCGUCAGGAACGUGGUGCUGGAGGACGCAGGGAAGUACACGUGUGAGAUGUCCAACACGCUGGGCACGGAGCGCGCGCACAGCCACGUCAGCAUCCUGCAGGCGCUGGGCUGCCGCAAGGACCGCACCACCGUGGGCAUCAUCACCAUCGCCGUGGUCUGCAGCAUCGUGCUCACCUCCCUCGUCUGGGUCUGCAUCAUCUACCAGACCAGGAAGAAGAGUGAGGAGUACAGUGUCACCAACACAGAUGAGACUAUAGUGCCUCCUGAUGUGCCAAGCUACUUGUCCUCCCAGGGGACCCUCUCGGAGCGCCAGGACGUGGCCAUUGGCGUGGACACCCAGCAGCCCAACGGGCACAUCGACAGCAAUGGGAUGUGUCAGGCUGAUGCUGGAAGGUGUCCAGAUGUUGAAGCUCCUGCUGUAGGUUGUAGGCAGCCCAAGCUGUGUAUCAGCUAUAACAAAGACACUUGGAAAACUGAGGACAUGGCCGAUGGAAUGCUUGUUCCAGAUAAGACAGGCCACGGGCUGCCCGUGGUGUGCACGGAGUGCAGCGGCAGCACGGACAGCGACAGCGUCCACCCCUACCCCAAGGACUGCCAGGGCCUAAAGACUGUGGAGAACACCCACCCCAAUGCACUGAGCAGCAGGGAGCACCAGAGGAAGAGGGGUGCAGGCACCAGCCUUCUUCAUGCCCAGCCCUGCAAUGGCAUUGCCAGUGGCAGGAGGGUGGAGACAGACGGGACCCUGUACCCCAGCAACCACGACAGGAUACGGCCGGAGGGCGCGCACGGCUCUUCACAAGCAGCAGCAAAGCCUUCAGAGCUUAACAACCUUAAUUUGGUGAGAGCUUCGCCUGCAGGAGGGUCAUUAAAGCAACUGAACGUGCUUCCUGAAAUAUCCCCAGCACUACUGGAUCUGCAGGGGGAAGCAGAGGUGGAGCAGGCUCUCCUGCCCAGCAGCAGCACAGCCCAACCCCACGACUCCACUCACGAGCCCAAGCUGCCCAGCAGAUCUCUGGACUGAGAGCACAGACUGACUGCCACGUGCAAAUUAACAAACACACUAUUACUUUUUUUAAAUUUUUUUUUUUUUUGCACAGAGUAUAUAGGCUACUUACUUCUACCUCGAAUCUUGAACUGAUGGCCUGGCAAAGGCAACCAACUGAGGUAUGAGAAACAAGCUUGUAUGGGGAACAAACUCCUGUUCGAGCGUCAUCUGAUUGUACAUAGUUUAAAACUUCCCUGAGAAGUAUGAAGUGUUCAAAAGUCAACUUGCAUAUGAAGCACAUAAAUGCAAGGGAUUAUUGUGUAAAGAGAAAAAGUAUUUGAUACAAGUGUAAAUAAGAGUUUUCAUAUAUAAAUAUAUAUAUAUUAAAAAAAUAUAUAUAUCUUUUACAGAGGCUAUUUUAAUCUUUAGUGCAUGGAAAACUGAGUGAAAUUUUACAAUUUUGGCAAUAUUGUUUUCAGUAUCAGGUUGCUGUUAAACUUUGUGAGAGAAAUAAUUCUGGUGCCUUAAAUGCAUAAACAGAACUUUUAAAAGCCAGACUGUUCCAAAGGGAUUGUCCUCUUUUCAGUGGAAGUUCCUUUACACCAUGUACACUGGGGUUGGGGCAAUCCCAGGUACUGGUUGGGUGGAAAAGUGACCAGAACAGCCCUGUGGAGAGGGAUUUGGGGUGUUGGUGGAUCAGAGGCUGGACAUGCCCUGCCUGUGGGUGCUCACAGCCCAGAAAUCCAACCUGGCCUGCAUCCAGAGCAUUGUGGGCAGCAGAUUCUCCUCUGCUCUAGUCAGGUGAGGCUCCACCUGGGGUUCUGCACACACUUCUGGUGCCCUAGAUUUAAGGAGUAAUGAGUUCAAACUGAAAAAGGGGAAAUUUAGGUUAGAUACAGAAGAAAUUGAAAUUCUUCCCUGUGAAGGUGGUGAGGCACGAGUACAGGUUGCCAGAGAAGCUGCAGAUGUCCCAUCCCUGCAGGUGUGCAGGCUGGAUGCACCUCCGAGCAACCUGGAUUAAGGAAAGCUCUCCCUGCCCAUGGCAGAGGGCUGGAACAAGAUCAUCUUUAAGGUCAGGCCAGGCUGCAUAGAUGGGCUAAAUCCAACAACGUAAAAUUGAACAACUCCAGGUGCUGGGUUCUACACUUUGGCAACAACAACCCCUGCAGUGUUACAGGCUGGCACAGAGUGGCUGGACAGUGCCAGAUUUCAGAAAGGGACCUGGCGGCACUGGUUGAGACCUGACUGAACAUGAGCCAGCAGGAGCAGGGAGGUCAUUCUGCCCCUGUUCUCUGCACUGGUGAGGCCACACCUGGAGUGCUGUGUCCAGUUUUGGCCCCUCAGUUUGGGAAGGACGUUGAGAUGCUUGAGCGCAUCCAGAGGAGAGCAACAAGGCUGGUGAAGGGCUUGGAACACAAACUCUGUGAGGAACACCUGAGGGAGCUGGGGGUGUUCAGCCUGGAGAAAAGGAGGCUCAGGAGUGCCCUCAUCACUCUCUACAACUCCUGAAAUGUGGCUGGAGUCAGGUGGGGUCAGGCUCUUCUCUUAGGCAACCACUGACAGAAUUAGAGGAUACAGCCUUAAGCUGUGCCAGGGGAAGUUUAGGCUGGACAUUAGGAAAAAAAUCAUCACAGAAAGUGACUGGACAUUGGAAUGGGCUGCCCAGGGAGAUGGUGGAGUCACCAUGCCUGGAUGUGUUUAAAAAAAGGCUGGAUCUGGCACUUAGCCAUGGUUUAGAUGAUAAGAUGAUGUUAGGUCAUAGGUUGGACUUG